AUGUUCCAGGGUGUUGGAGGGGAGGGGUCAGAGUCAGGCCACCUGAGGGCCUUUCCCAUCCCCAGUUUGGAGCCUCGCGCAGCAGUGGCCCGCGAGAUGCUCCUGGCUGCACUGGAGGACCUGAGCCAGGAGCAGCUGAAGCGCUUUCGCCACAAGCUUCGGGAUGCGCCAAUGGACGGCCGCAGCAUCCCGUGGGGGCGACUGGAGCGUGCGGACGCGGUGGACCUCACAGAACAGCUGACCCAUUUCUACGGGCCGGAGCCAGCGCUGGAUGUGGCCCGCAAGACGCUCAAGAAGGCAGAUGUGCGCGACGUGGCAGCUCGGCUGAAAGCGCAGCGGCUGCACCGGCUCGGCUCCAGCUCUUCAGCGCUGCUUUCCCUGUCUGAGUACAAGAAGAAAUACCGCGAGCAUGUGCUGCGACAGCACGCCAAAGUGAAGGAGAGGAACGCCCGCUCGGUGAAGAUCAACAAGCGGUUCACGAAGCUGCUCAUCGCACCUGGGGGCGCUGCUCUGGAGGACGAGGCCCUGAGGCCUGCCGAGGAGCCGGAACCGGAGCCGGAGCGUGCGCGGCGCUCGGACACGCGCACCUUCAACCGACUGUUCCGCAGAGAUGAGGAGGGCCAGCGACCGCUGACCGUGGUGCUGCAGGGCCCGGCGGGCAUCGGCAAGACCAUGGCGGCCAAGAAAAUCCUGUACGACUGGGCGGCGGGCAAGCUGUACCAAGGCCAGGUGGACUUCGCCUUCUUCAUGCCUUGCGGAGAGCUGCUGGAGCGGCCUGGCACGCGCAGCCUGGCUGACCUGAUCCUGGACCAGUGCUCGGACCGCUGCGCGCCCGUGCGGCAGAUGCUGGCUCAGCAACAGCGGCUGCUCUUCAUCCUGGAUGGUGCAGACGAGCUGCCGGCACCCGGGUCCCCCGAGGCCGAGCCCUGCACAGAUCCCUUCCAGGCGGCGAGCGGCGCGCAGGUGCUUGGCGGGCUGCUGAGCAAGACGCUGCUGCCCUCGGCCCUCCUGCUGGUGACCACACGCGCCGCCGCCCCGGAGAGGCUGCAAGGCCGCCUGUGCUCGCCACAGUGCGCCGAGGUGUGCGGCUUCUCCGACAAGGACAAGAAGAAGUAUUUCUACAAGUUCUUCCAGGAUGAGUGGAGAGCCAAACGCGCCUACCGCUUCGUGAAGGAGAACGAGACGCUGUUCGCGCUGUGCUUUGUGCCCUUUGUGUGCUGGAUCGUGUGCACCGUGCUGCGCCAGCAGCUCCAGCUGGGUCGGGACCUGUCUCGCACCUCUAAGACCACUACGUCAGUGUACCUGCUUUUCAUCGCCAGCGUGCUGGGCUCCGCGGGCGCUGAUGGGACCCGGGUGCAGGAAGAGCUGCGCAAGCUGUGCCGCCUGGCCCGUGAGGGCGUCCUACGGCACCAGGCGCAAUUCACCGAACAGGAUCUGGAGCGACUGCAGCUGCGGGGUUCCAAAGUACAGACACCGUUUCUCAACAAGAAGGAGCUACCAGGUGUGUUAGAGACUGAGGUCACCUACCAGUUCAUUGACCAAAGUUUCCAGGAAUUCUUGGCUGCACUGUCCUACUUGCUAGAGGACAAGGGAGCUUCCGGGGCACCCACUGGCAGCGUGGGGACGCUCCUGCAUAAGGAUGCCGAGCUGCGUGGUCACCUGGCGCUCACCACUCGCUUCCUCUUCGGACUGCUGAGCGCGGAGCGGAUGCGCGACAUCGAGCGCCACUUUGGCUGUGUGGUCACGGAGCAUGUGAAGCAGGAGGUCCUGCGGUGGGUCCAGGGGCAGGGUUGCUCCAGGAUGACAUCAGAUGGGAAGGAGGAAGCCGAGGGGCUGGAGGAUGUGGUGGAACCAGAAGAGGAGGAAGAGGAGGAGACCAACUCCGGACUGGAGCUGCUUUACUGUCUGUACGAGACACAGGAGGACGCCUUUGUGCGCCAGGCCUUGCUUAGCCUGCCCGAGCUGCUCCUGGAGCGAGUGUGCUUCAGCCGAAUGGACAUGGGGGUUCUGAGCUACUGUGUGCGGUGCUGCCCAGCUGGACAGGCUCUGAAGCUGGUCAGCUGCAGACUGGUGGCUACACAGGAGAAGAAAAAGAAGAGCCUGAUGAAGCGACUGCAGGGAGGUUCUCGAUCCACCAAGAAAAAACUCCCAGUCUCCCUGCUGCGUCCACUCUGUGAGGCCAUGACUGAUCAACAGUGUGGUCUGAGCAGCCUGACGCUGUCACAUUGCAAACUCCCUGAUCCGGUUUGCCAAGACCUCUCUGAGGCUGUGAGGGCUGCCCCUGCCCUGAGGGAGUUGGGCCUCCUCCACAACCAGCUCAGUGAGACGGGUCUUCGUGUGCUGAGUGAGGGCCUGGCCUGGCCCCAGUGCCGGGUGCAGACCCUCAGAGUGCAACUGCCUGGCCUGCAGGGCGCGCUCCAGUACCUGGUGGGCCUGCUCCAGCAGAGCUCUACCCUGACCACCCUGGACCUCAAUGGCUGUCAGUUAUCGGACCCUAUGGUGACCUACCUGUGUGCAGUCCUGCAGCACCCAAGAUGCAGCCUACAGACCCUCAGUCUGGCCUCUGUGGAGCUGAGUGAGCAGUCAUUGCAGGAGCUGCGGGCUGUGAAGACAGCAAAGCCAGAUCUGGUCAUCUUACACCCAGCACUGGACAGCUCUCUCAAGCCUCUCGAGGGAUUCACCAGUGUCCUCUGAGAUCCUGGAGGCCAGAGUGGGUAAAGAAUACUGUAGUCAGAGCCCCUAUGGAUAAGUCCUCCCCAUUUUAGGGGCAAGAAGACUCCAUGCUGAGCUUCCAGGAAACUCUUGCUCCAAGAGGCCCUGUGCAGACAAGUGGUACACCCAGACAGGCCCAGGCCCUUGCCUGGUCUCACACAGGCCAUGACAUGUAGAGGACGUCUCUCCUUCCACACCCUAGGGUUCCUACUCCCCCGUCCCACAGCCACUGCCACCUUCCUCUCCUGAUACCCUCCAGCCACAUCCCCUGCAGACAUCGCCAACAACGAUGACAGCCACCCAUUAACUGAGCACCUACGUGUGUUGGCAGAGCACUGGCUUCCUUUCCAAAGGAAGCUUCUGAGCACCAUUGGGAGACUGCUUGGCCAUUCCUCUGGGGGAAGGUGUUCAGGGUCAGGCUCUAAAGUCAGGCUGCCUGUGGAUCCUGGCCUACUUCUGUCUGGGCUUUGGUUUCUUCCCUGUGAAAAGUAGCCAGUAGGUUUUAACUGAGUACUACAGACCUGGCUCUUUCUGACCUGGCCCUCAUCUGCAGGGUGGGUAGAUCUAACCCCCACAAUUCUGACCCUAUAGUCUACAAUAGGCAAGUCUCCCUGGGAUUUUGGGUCCUGGCAUUAGGAGUAAGGCCAUCCCUAGUCUCUGUGGCCUGGAGCUACAGAGCUGUCCCUACCUGAGCACUACAAAAAAGAGAGACCAGGGGAGGGGGGACACAGAGUGGUAGCCCCUGCUUGGUAUGGAAGCUGUAAUGUCACGUUGAGUGGGGAAUCCCCAACAUACUGAUAAUAAAUUAUCCUUUAAAUUCACUUCCAUUGGUCUCUAUAACAAUUGG